CAGUUUGUACAGCCACUACUGGAAAAGCCCAACAAAGACUAUCAGAGAAUCCUUACCAGGCUGUUAUUUCUGGAAUCUAUGGAAUAAAUCAACAAUCUGCAGACCGUUCUGAGUUGGCUGAAGACACCAACUACAGGGCUUAUGUCGGUCCCUGGUAUGUGCCUCUUCUGAAUUCACCCAACCACAAUGCCUGGAAGUCCUCUUCUAGUCCUGCUCAUCAACCAAUAGGGCAUUUGCCCUGCUAAGGACCUAUGAAGUUGUUUCAUGAUCGCUGAUGAAGCCCACAGUAAACCUAGAGCCACCACAUAAGCCAAAUGCUUUUAUCAUUAUGCCUGCUUUGAACCAGAUUCCCUUGAAACUUUGCACACUGCUAUUCCUCUUCCCAUGGAUACACUGGGGUGCAGAUUGUUUUGGUUUCAGGAAUUGUGUCCUUUCCCCUAACAGACCUGGCCUCGCUGUUUGUACUGGCCAUGCCAUCGUUAAUCUGAAUUCUGCCAUUGCUCCUCUGCCAAAUGUGACUUACUGGCUCAAUGCCUCCCACAACUUAGUGGAAAUGCUGAAUUCUACCACCUUUUCCCACCUCCCUGAUUUAUUGGAACUUUACCUGGACCAUAACAACAUAUCACACAUUGAACCCAACACCUUUCAAAGUCUGGAAGGCCUUGAAGUUCUAGAUUUGAGUUGGAACCAACUGACUGCCCUAGGUCCCGCUUUGCUAGCCAAUUUGAAACAUCUCCAGGUAUUGCACUUGGAGAAUAACAAAAUUGCCACCGUGCACCCGAGUUCAUUUAUGUUCCAGUUGGCUCUUCAGGAACUUAUUCUUUCCUCCAAUAAAUUCUCUAGUUUUCAAGAGAUGGCUAUAGCUGUAAAAAACUUGUCCCAACUCAUCAUUCUGGAUCUGAGCAACAAUAGCAUCUCUGCCCCAUGUGUUGGUCCUUCCUUGCUCAGUUUCCCCUCCCUGAGGAAUCUCAGUUUGAAUAGAAAUGUCAUUCACAGACUGGACCUGUCCAAUUGUUCCUUUCCUAACUUGCGACAACUGGACUUAAGUAUUAAUAACAUGUCAGAACUGGGAGCUGGAGUCUUUCAAGCCACUCCAGCUUUGACAGAGCUCUCUUUAGACUCGAAUCUUCUAAAGGUCUCUGAGCUUAUCAACAUAUCCCUUCCUAACCUGACUAUGUUGCAUUUAUCCAGUAUGCAUCCAUCAUUAAGCACAAAUUUAUCAGUAGCUUGCUCUGUCUUCCAAAAUCUGCCAUCCUUAAUUUCUUUGGACGUCAAACAUUCCAAGUUUACUGUUACUCAGUUGAGACAGUUGGGUUCUUGCACUAACCUCACCUGGUUGACUCUGGAUACCUCAGGGUUUAGGUAUCUGGAAAAUAAGACCUUCGAAACAUUUCGGAACUUAAAGUAUCUCUCUAUGGAUAAGUGCAAGAUAUUGAAACUCCGUUCUAAUAUUUGGGGGAAAGGGUUACCAUUGCAAACCCUGAUCCUGAGUAGAAAUGACAUUGAUUAUUUAAAUGAGUAUGUUUUCGCUGCUUUGAAGAAUUUAAGCUAUUUGGACUUAUCAAAGAACCGCCUGACCAAUCUACAAAAAAAAUCUUUUUUUGGCAUGGCAGCAUUGAAGACACUUAAGCUUCAGAACUGCCAGAUCACAGCUGUAACCCGUGACACUUUCACCUAUGCUCGUAAAAUGGAGUUUUUGGAUUUGAGUUUUAACAGCAUUACACGAAUCAAGGAUUAUGCCUUUACACGCCUGCGUGUGAAGACUCUCCUGCUUUCAGGAAACAGAAUUUUGACGGUUCAGAGCUCUGCUUUUCGGAAUCUCAAUUCUCUAAAAUACCUUGCCUUGGAUCAAAAUUUCAUAUACAAGUUUUCUGAAUCAGUCUUUAAACCCCUGAAGCAGCUGCAAACAUUAGAUCUCAGUUACAAUCAUCUCUUUACUUACAACAAAUACGAUACUCCAAGCCCUUUUCAGGAUCUCCACUCCCUUGUGAAACUGGAUAUUAGUUUUCAGACACCUAAAUUACCAAUCCAACCUCCAGACAAACUUUUCCAAGGGCUGGAGAAUCUAAAGUUCCUGUCUUUGAAAGGAAACCCCAGCAGUGUGUUUUCCCGCCUUUCAUUUAUCAAUCUCACCGCUCUUGAAUCCCUAGACCUCUCUGAAACUGAGCCAGGGAAACGUGACUCUUGGGAACUCCAUCCGCGUUUUUUUCAAGGACUAAGUAACCUACAUAAUCUCUGUUUAGAAGAUAGUGCCAUUCCAGAUCUACCCAAAGAAAUCUUUUCUGGUUUGACCUCUUUGGAACAGCUGGACCUAAGCAACAAUGAUUUGAAGAACAUCAGUAAAGAACUGCUUAGUGGACUUUCCUCCUUGAAGCAUUUGGAUGUUUCUGAAAAUCCACUGGUAUGCUCUUGUGAGAAUGCAUGGUUCCAAAACUGGUCAAUAUCUGUGCCAAACGUUCAAGUGGCCUUGCUGGAUAGCUAUUAUUGCUUUAGUACUGGAUUGGCUAAUCGUUUUUUUGCUGAUGAAGACUUAUCCUUCUGCUUUGAGAACUGGGAAAUGUAUUUAUUUAUUGCCACCACAGUUACCACCCUCUUGCUCCUGCUUCCAUCUUUGGUCUAUGCCAAGUUAGGCUGGACUUUCCGAUAUGCUUUUUAUCUCCUCAGAGGUUGGGGCUACAAGCAGCUGCGCCCCAAAGGACGGGACUACCAAUAUGAUGCUUACAUCUCCUGCUAUAGUCAUGACUACAAAUGGGUGAUUGAUAAUAUUCUGGAAAAGCUGGAAAAACAACAUGAACCCUGUUUCCGGUUUUGUUUUGGGCCUAGAGAUUUUGCCCCUGGACAAUACUAUAUAGAUAACGUGCAGAAUGGAAUAAGCAGAAGCCGUAAGACCUUGUGUGUGGUGAGCAGAAAUUACUUGGAGAGUGAAUGGUGUGCUUUAGAAAUUCAACUUGCCUGUUCCAAUAUCUACUAUCAUGGACGUGACCCUUUGGUGGUGGUCUUUAAGGAAGAAAUCCCGAACUACAGGUUGUCUCCAUAUCAUCGCCUAAGGAAACUAAUUAAACAAGAGAGCUACCUUACUUGGCCCGAAGAUCCUGAGGCUGAAGAUGUGUUUUGGACCAAACUAUGUGGAGCCUUAGGCUCUGAGAGACAAGAAAAUUUCAAACCAUUCGCUGUAAUUGAGUAG